CGGCGGGCUCCUUCCCCGCGUGGUCCCGGCCAGGUGGACUGGACGCCGCGGCGCUAACCACAGCGGCAGUGCAGGCGGCCCCCGGUCCCCCACCCCUUCCACGCAGCGCUCGCGACAAGUGCGCAGGGGAGGGCGAGCGCGUGCGGCGGGGCCAGCUGCGUUCCGAGCCCGGGCACCGCCGCCUGCUUCUCUGGAAGCGCCUGGGAGCCCCGCGGCGCGGAGUCCGAAGACGGCCACCAUGGAGGCGCAGGCACAAGGUUUGUUGGAGACUGAACCAUUGCAAGGACGAGAUGAAGACACGGUAGCAAGUGCUGACUUCUCUAGCAUGCUGUCUGAGGAGGAAAGAGAAGAGUUAAAGGCAGAAUUAGUUCAGCUCGAAGACGAAAUCACAACAUUACGGCAAGUUUUAUCUGCUAAAGAAAGGCAUCUGGUUGAGAUAAAGCAAAAACUCGGCAUGAACCUGAUGAAUGAAUUGAAGCAGAAUUUCAGCAGAAGCUGGCACGAUAUGCAGACCUCGACUGCCUACAAGAAAACACACGAAACGCUGAGUCACGCAGGGCAGAAGGCAACUGCAGCUUUCAGCAACGUGGGGACGGCCAUCAGCAAGAAGUUUGGAGAUAUGAGGUCUCACUCGAUCGGCUACUCCAUUCGCCAUUCCAUAAGUAUGCCUGCUAUGAGGAAUUCUCCUACUUUCAAAUCAUUUGAGGAGAGGGUUGAGACAACUGUCACAAGCCUUAAGGAAGCGCUGACGAAAGUAGGCGGGGCGAACCACGGCGGAGGCAGCUUCGAGGAGGUGCUCAGCUCCACAGCGCACGCCAGCGCGCAGAGCUCGGGGGGCGGGCCCCGGCGGGCCGAGGAGGAGGAGCUGCAGUGCUAGGCCCGCCCCCUGCGGCCGCCGCGGAGCCCCGGCCCCGCCCAGCGUGCAGGCGGC